AUGGACAAAAUAAAAACAAAUUUCACGGUGACUGAAUUUAUAUUCCUGGGGCUUUCCUCUGACCCAAAGACACGGAUGAUUCUUUUUGUCAUAUUCUUAUUCUUCUAUGUGUUAUCAGUGGUCGGGAAUAUCAUCAUCAUCACUAUUAUCCAGUUAGAGCCUCGUCUCCAAACACCUAUGUACUUCUUCCUCACAAAUUUGUCCUUUCUGGAUGUUUGCUACACAUCUACCAAUGUCCCCCAGAUGCUGUCCAAUAUGGUGGGGAAAAAGCAGACCAUCCCGUUCUCCAGCUGUGCCACCCAGAUGUACUUCUCGCUUUCCUUUGGGAUGAUUGAAUGUGUGCUCCUGGGUGUCAUGGCAUAUGACAGAUAUGUAGCCAUUUGCCAUCCUCUUCAUUACACUGUCAUUAUGGACCAAAACACCUGCAUCCAGCUGGCAGCCAUUUCUUGGUCCAGCAGCUUCCUGAGUUCCAUGGUGAUCAAUGUCCUCACCCUGAGUUUGCCUUACUGUGGGCCCAAUGUCCUGAAUCACUUUUUCUGUGAGGUGCCUUCUGUCCUGAGGCUGGCUUGCACGGACACCUCCCUCACAGAGCUGGUUGUUUUUAUCUUCAGUAUCAUCAUUGUCUUUAUCCCUUUCCUUCUCAUUGUCAUUUCCUAUGUUCGGAUCCUUCAGUCUGUUCUCAGGAUGCAGUCAGCCUCUGGGAGGUACAAGGCACUAUCUACCUGUGCCUCCCAUUUGACGGUAGUGGCCUUGUUCUAUGGGACCGCCAUCUUCAUGUACAUGAGACCCCAGUCGAAGUCUUCUAGGGCAGGGGGCAAGGUCAUCGCGGUGUUCUACACGGUGGUCACACCCAUGCUCAAUCCCUUAAUCUACAGCCUGAGGAACCAGGACGUGAAAGGAGCUUUGAAGAGAGUUCUUGCAAAACAGAGGACAUAG